GGCUCCGCACGGCCGUGACCGCUGGCGGGGUCUCGGGCGGCGCGGACCCACCGUGCGCCGGCCGCCCGCCCCGCUCGGCUCCGCGUCCUCCCGCGCGGACCCCGGUCCCCAGCGCCCCGCGCACCCUCCCGCCGCGGGACGCCCACGCUCCCCUUCCUCCCUCCCGGGCUCCAGCCCUUCACCCCGCCAUGGCUCGUGGCCCCGCUAGGACCAGCCCGGGAUCCCAACUGCUGCCGCUGCUGUCGCUGCUUCUCCUGAUGCUCCGGGACGUGCGCGGCAGCCACACGGCACCCCCCUGGUCCUCGCCGCGAGCGGCCACCGACGACCUGCGGGGGCGCAAGGACCCCCAGCGGUUCCCGGGGGAUGCAGCAGCCGCGCAGGGCCCCGGCGGCGCCCAGGACAUGGUCGCUGUCCACAUGCUGCGGCUCUACGAGAAGUACAGUCGACUGGGCGCGCGGCCCGGAGGGGGCAACACGGUCCGCAGCUUCCGGGCCUGGCGGGAAGUGAUCGACCAGAAGGCCGUGUACUUCUUCAACCUGACUUCCAUGCAGGAUUCAGAAAUGAUUCUCACAGCCACGUUUCACUUCUACUCAGAGCCACCACGGUGGCCCCGGGCGCGCGAGAUGCUGUGCAAGCCGCGGGCCAAGAACGUGUCGUGCCGCCUGCUGUCCCCAGGCCCGCCGGCGCGCCAGCACCUGCUCUUCCGCAGCCUCUCGCAGAACACGGCCACGCAGGGGCUGCUCCGCGGGGCCAUGGCCCUGGUGCCCCCUCCGCGUGGCCUGUGGCAGGCCAAGGACAUCUCCCCCAUCGUCAAGGCGGCCCGCCGGGAUGGCGAGCUGCUCCUCUCUGCUCAGCUGGAUUCUGGGGAGAGGGACCCCGGGGUGCACAGCCCCAGCCGCCCCUCCCCCUACAUCCUCGUCUACGCCAACGACCUGGCCAUUUCAGAGCCCAACAGCGUGGCGGUGACGCUGCAGAGAUACGACCCUUUCCCAGCCGGAGACCCCGAGCCCCACGCAGCCCCCAACGGCUCAGCGGACCCCCGCGUGCGCCGGGCCGCGCAGGCCACCGGGCCCCUCCAGGACAACGAACUGCCGGGGCUGCACGAGCGGCCGGCGCACGUCCCCCACGCCCCGCACUACCACAGGCACGAGCUGUGGCCCGGCCCCUUCCGGGCGCUGAAGCCCCGGCCGGGGCGCAAGGACCGCAGGAAGAAGGGCCAGGACACGUUCUUGGCCUCCUCGCAGGUGCUAGACUUUGACGAGAAGACAAUGCAGAAAGCCCGACGCAAGCAGUGGGACGAGCCGCGGGUGUGUUCCCGGAGGUAUCUGAAGGUGGACUUUGCAGACAUCGGGUGGAACGAAUGGAUCGUCUCGCCCAAAUCCUUUGACGCCUACUACUGCGCGGGCACGUGCGAGUUCCCCAUGCCCAAGGUCGUUCGCCCGUCCAACCAUGCCACCAUCCAGAGCAUCGUCAGGGCUGUGGGCAUCGUGCCUGGCAUCCCAGAACCCUGCUGCGUUCCUGACAAGAUGAAUUCCCUUGGGGUCCUUUUCCUGGAUGAGAACCGGAAUGUGGUUCUGAAGGUGUACCCCAACAUGUCUGUGGAAACCUGUGCCUGCCGGUAAGACCACUCCAGACUGGAAGGAAGCUCCUGCCCCGCCACCCACGCCCAGCGGAGCGACAUUCUCAGAGCCUUCUGAGGCCAGGAUUCAACUAGGGGUGCAGCUGCAGAUGCAGGGCAGAGCUUACAGGCAACCUCACUGGGACCCAGAAAGUCUGCCCACCGGGGCAUCACUCUGGGGCCUUUCAUUGCUAAUGACUUGGCCCCUAAGUGCCAGACUGAGUCCCCUGAGGGGCUCUGGGAGUUAGCCCUGUCCUGUACCAUGCAUACCCACUGUUCUGAAGGCCUGAAAACGGAAUGUGUCCAUACUGCUGGCUUUAGCUGAUCAUCAUCUCAUAACCUAGGAAAAAGACUACGCAAAUCUCGGGGCGCUCAUUCCCUUCAUGUGGAAAGACCUCCAUCUAAACGCUCAGUUUAAAACACUUUGGGCCACAUAGUGAUACUGGAAAACCAGGACCUAAAUAAUGGUAUAAAUGGAUGUUUUCUUUCAAACUCCGCUGCAAAAGCUUUGAUACAUAAAGUAUGCACAUAUAACCAAUGUUUGUUUCUUUUCCUUAAUAUAUAUUUUAUUUUAAAACAAACAGGAGGGAGUUGACACCACUCCCCAUGGAGAUAACCGUGCUGAUUAAGUGUGGGUGGUUUAGACAUGCAUAUUGUCAUAACACAUACAGUGAUAUGUUGGAAUACUAAAAAAUAACCCAGAUUUUAUAUUUUUGUAAAUUAUACUUCUAUACUGUAGAUUGUGUAUGUUAUGUGUUUUUACAGAACGCUAAUAAAUUAAGGGUACAGUGGUA